UUUGUUUUUCCGCGUGUUCGCACACGUUCACGGCAGCGAGAACAACAACGUGCGGUGUUGUGAGCUUGCCGCAAAAAUCAAAUGAAAGUCCAACCGCAAAGUAAAGCAAAGAGAAAGUCUACUUAAGUGGCAAUAUGCAGUGCGUGUGCAUAGAAAAACCAGAUAUACAGCGGCCACAGGGUAAAGUACUUUGGACAAGUGAAAACUCCCUCAAACACCAGUGAAAAUCGAAGGAAAAAUCAACACAGCAUACGCAGAGAAAAUCGCUGGAAAACCGGACAAAAUGUUUGGCAGCCAAAGUGGCUGCCUUUGAGGCUGAGUGAGUGGCUCAAGCACGAAGACCUUUUUUAAGACAAAAGCCUAGAGAAACUAAUAAAAAAAACUUUCGAAUUAUUACGAGAAUCUUCUAUAUUUGAAAUAUUUUCAAAUUCAAAUUUAAAUAACUUUAUUCUUAAUAAACUAAUUGAUAAUUAAUUACAUAAUAGUAAACAAAGCUCAAAUAGACUGAAAUAGAGUCCAAAUAUAUUACGAAAGUAAAAUGCAAUUAAUUCAACAUAUCAUAUAAAUUAAUUAGAACAAAUUGCAUUUAAGUUAUUAACAAAGCAAAAACAAAACAGGCGUUUAAUAAUUACACAAAAACAAAGAGCUGUAUAAAAGCAAUGAACAAAAGUAAAAAAUAAACACGAAAUAAAAACGAGAAUUAAGUGAACAAAAAAGAUCAAAGUGCAAAAAGUGUGUGGUGGCUCCAUCGCGCAGAACCAAUAACCCAUAAUACUGUAUAAUUAAAUUGAUUUUUAAAUUCCACGUUUAGUUCGCGUUCCAAUUAAGUUCAAUAAAUUUUAAUGUUAAACCCAACAGCGAAAAGACCGGCGACAUAAAUGGAACAUCAAUCGUAGAGGAGACCGCAAAAGAAAUCAAGAUCGUCGAGUGUCUAUGAGGACAGCUGAAAGUAUUUUUUUUUUUUUUUUUUUGGGGCGCGGCUCCAACUGCCCCACGCCCACGCACGCCCACAGGAGCAAGUGAGACGGCAGAGAGUGCGACAGAGAGGGCGAGACAGAUGUGCGAGCGGCGGUGAGUGAGCGGAUUCGGAUCCGGAUUCCGGGGGGCGGAGAAGGUGGAGUAGUAGGCGCAGAAGGACGCAGGACGAAGACCAUGGAUUGGACUCGGUGGCAAAUGGCCAGAGAAAGAGCUGGCAACCCUGGACAAGUCAGGAACAACCCUGGGCGCAAGGAUUGCGAUCGCGAGACCCGAUUGGAGUGGUUGCCCAUUUGAUUCGUUGCGGCUUCACACCCCGAGCAAAGCGGCAACUGGCGACACGAGCGACGGCAAAAGCACAGCAAAAGCAACAAAGCGACGAGCAAUUUGUACAAUCACUUGUGCCGACAAAACGCCAACACGCAGCCAAGCAGAAAAGCAGGAAAGCAGGUUGGCAAAAGGGAAGCACGCGAAGGAAAGGGAGACGAAGCGAACAAGCAGGUGGACUUCAAGCAAAGCACAAGCAGGGAAAAAGCAGAAAAGAAAGCGAUCACUAGGGCAGAAGAGUAAGCAAGUGAGCAGGCAAAAUCUUAAGAAGGCAAGCAAACAAUGGUGACAAUACAAUAUGAAAAGCAAAUAACCAAGCCAGCAAAUCAAAAGACAGAAGCAUGCUUUAGCCAAGAAAAGCCAGAGAUUGAGUAAAGCCAAGCUAUUCAAAAGUAAAGCACAAAGGCAAUUAGCGAGGAAAUACAAUUGAUGAUUUGCUUUCCCAAAUAAAUAAAUAUAAGAAAUGUGAGAAAGCUAGUUGGCCAAUGAAGAAACUAGGUGAAAGCAAGAAAGCAAAUUUGCAAUCGAACAGAAUAGAAGAAAAUCAGACGAAGAAGCAAACAGAAAGAGAAGAAAAAGCCACAAAGCAAAGCAGAAUAGCAGAAAAUAAUAAAAGAAUAGAAGAAAAAGCGAGCAAGCAAAGCCAACAGGUGGCUGGUUAAAGUAAACAAGAGGCAUUAAGCAAGAAAUUCAAAAAAGCAGAGAGGGAGAAAGCGAACAAAAAAUGCAGCUAAUGAAAGAAAAACAAUAAAGCAAAGCAGGUUAGCAAACAAGCAAGAAAGAAGAUAAAUCAAGCAGUAGUAGCAAAAACGGCAAGAAAGCAAAGCAGGUUAGCAAGUAAGCAAGAAAUAAAGGAAAUCAAGCAGUAGAUAGCAAACAAAGAAGCGAGAAGACAAAGCAGCUUAGCAGAAAAGCAAGUUGGCAAGCGAGCAAGAAAGAAGAUAAAUCAAGCAGUAGAUAGCAAAACAGCAAGAAAGCACAGCAGCUGAGCAGGAAAGCAAGUUAGCAAGCGAGCAAGAAGUCCAGGGAGCAGGAGACGCCGUCCAAAUAGUUGCGUGACCCGCUCCGUUUUGCACAAUAGCCCGCGUAAUUGCUCAUAAAGCGACUGCUGCGAAUGACCCGCACGCCGGAUUUACCGACCGUUUAAGAGCCGACAAUUACAAGCGGUCGUGAGGAGGUGACAGGCAAUUAGGCGGGCGGGAGGCAGCAGCAGCAGGGGGGUCGGCCGGCCCCCCCCACGGCCCCAACCCCGGAUGUAUAAGCCGGACACGCUCACGCGCCGCGGCAGCCUGAGAUCCCUGCGCAGCGCCCCGCUCCUGAGCACCGUGCUCGAGAGCACCCUAUCGCUGACCCGCAUCCACCCGAUCGCCUCCUUGGAGCUGCCCGGCCUCGACUAUGCGGUCCACUCGCAGUCGGCCUUCGGCGCCUACGGGCUGGCCCACCCCCGCGAUCUAGCCACCUGCACCUCGUUGCGCAGCGGCCUUGCGGCGAUCACCGCCGCCUCCGCCUCCGCCGCCGGCGGCGUCUCCCAGUCGCAGAGCGCCCUCCUCGGGCGGUACGGCCCCAACGCCUCGAUUCGCCACGGAGAGCGAAAGAUUGUCCAGCCGAAACGGGUUCUAUCACGCAAACUAAAGCCACAUCUUGUUGCGGACACCGUUAAGCAGUAUAUAAGUCGGGCCCAACGCACAACCAAAAAGGGUUCUCAAGAGCAGCAAAAUAUGGAGUUUUUACGCGGCGUCUAUGCGUUUAUGCAAGUGAGUAGAUCAUCGGUGUCUCAUGUCAAAAUCGAUUCACCUGUUUUUCGCCUGCACACCAACGCAACGGUUAUAUUACUGAUCACAUUCUCGAUUGCUGUGACGACGCGGCAGUACGUAGGAAAUCCCAUAGACUGUGUACAUACAAGAGACAUUCCCGAAGAUGUUCUCAACACAUAUUGUUGGAUACACUCAACGUAUACAGUGGUCGAUGCGUUUAUGAAGAAGCAAGGUUCCGAGGUGCCUUUUCCCGGAGUUCACAAUUCACAGGGCCGCGGGCCUCUAACAAUAAAGCACACAAAAUAUUAUCAAUGGGUAGCGUUUACACUAUUUUUUCAGGCAAUCUUAUUUUAUACACCAAGAUGGCUGUGGAAAUCUUGGGAGGGUGGCAAGAUUCAUGCGCUCAUCAUGGACUUAGACAUAGGCAUUUGUUCCGAAGCCGAGAAAAAACAAAAAAAGAAAUUACUUUUAGAUUAUUUGUGGGAAAAUUUAAGAUAUCACAAUUGGUGGGCGUACAGAUAUUACGUGUGUGAGCUGCUCGCCCUUAUAAAUGUGAUAGGUCAAAUGUUUCUUAUGAAUCGAUUUUUCGAUGGCGAAUUUAUGACAUUUGGCCUGGAUGUGAUAGAUUAUAUGGAGACCGAUCAGGAAGAUCGCAUGGAUCCGAUGAUUUACAUAUUUCCCAGAAUGACCAAAUGUACAUUUUUUAAAUAUGGUUCAAGUGGGGAGGUGGAGAAACACGACGCCAUUUGCAUUUUACCAUUAAACGUUGUUAAUGAGAAGAUUUACAUUUUCCUUUGGUUUUGGUUUAUAUUAUUAACGUUUCUCACAUUAUUAACGCUAAUAUACAGGGUGGUUAUUAUAUUCUCACCUCGAAUGAGGGUCUACUUAUUUCGUAUGCGAUUUAGGUUAGUGCGUCGUGACGCUAUUGAAAUAAUCGUUCGUCGUUCGAAGAUGGGCGAUUGGUUUUUGUUGUAUUUACUAGGUGAAAACAUAGAUACAGUUAUAUUUCGUGAUGUUGUACAGGACUUAGCGAAUCGUUUAGGACAUAACCAACACCACAGGGUGCCUGGCUUAAAAGGUGAAAUACAGGAUGCAUGAUAUUGGGAGUAUUAGAAACAAUACAAAAUGCAAUUUGUCGUCUCCAUUUGAAAACCAUCGAAAUCAACAAUGUCAACAACAAAAACAAGACUAAGUAAAACGAAAAAUUACAACCACAAAGGAAUCUAGAGAUCUUCGCAGCAGCCGCUUCAUUAACAAACUCAACACACCGCUAAAAAAUCUUAAAAAAAAAACGUAUCUCAAAAAUACAACCAAAAAAACUAUCGUCAGCGCAGUCAGUCAUAAAUCAGCAUUUUCAACCAUGGAGACCAUGAUCGAUAGCCGGCUUGUCUAUCGAUAGUCGAUACAGAACACACAUCCAACCACAGGGCAUAGAGCGAACUAAAAAACUAAAAAAGGAAGCGGACGGAAGCAGGGAGAAAUAUGGAGAAAAUAGGAAAACAUCUAAACAACCACGCAACGAAAGGAAUAUUUGAAAUCUCAGUGUCAAUCAAUUAAAGUAACGAGAAAAUGGAUAAUGGAUGAAAGGAGAGAAAUAAGGAGGAAGGAAGUCCUGCGACUUCCGGACAGGAUUCCCAAGCCGGUGGCACGUAGCGCCUGCCGCUGGCCAGGGGUCACAAGGUCACAAGGUCACAAGUCACAAGGGAUCGCUUGGGAAAUCAGCGAUCAGCGACCCAUAGAAAAGUUGCCCCCAAGGACAAGGUCAAAGUGUGAGAAGAACAACAGCCAACACAGAACAACAACAGCAGCCAAAUGGACAGCGCCGGAAACGGAAACGGAAACAGACACGGACACCCUCACAUACGCACACACACACACACACACAAACGCAAACACACAGACGACAUACACACGCUUACAGCGAAAUCACUCAUACGCCCCGUAGAACACACACAUCGCACUUUGCUUGUCAUGCAGCGUUAACUAAACCAAACAUCAACAAAGUCGAGACGACGCCCGCGGAAAAUUGCAUUUCUGUAUUAACCCCAAGAAGAGAAGAAGAAAGCAGGAGAAUUCGAGAAGAUCAGCAUCACUUUCACCGAGGAAAAGCAGGAGUAUACCACACCGAAACGAUGCAAAGAACAACAACCACAACCACAACAACAACACAACAGGCUGGGGAAAAGCAUCCCUGCCGGAAAAACAAACGAAAAGCAGCAAAAGAAAGUCAAGAAAAUCGCAAGUGGAAAUCGCAGAGAAGAUUAACAGUUUAAUUAAAUUAAAUUCAAUUCAAUUAAAUUACUUAUUACAAUGAUAUCUUGAAGUGUUCAUGUAUUCGAAUGUAGGUUAACUAAGUCAAGCAUACAAAUAAUUCUACAUAUAUAAUAUAUAUAUUAUAUAUAUAUAUAAACAAUUUUUUUUUCUAACUCUAAGCAUUUGUAUUACCCGCUAAACAAAUGAACAACAAAACAAAACAAAACGAAAUGAACAAAAAAAAAAAACAAGAAAAAACAACCAAAAAAAAGCAAACUGAAAACAGAAAACAGAAUUUUUUGUAUACAGAAAAGAAAGAAAAUUGAUAAGCGAAAUGAGCAGAUAGAGAAAUAAUGAUAAUGAAAAAAAAACAAAAACAAAAAAACCGAGACGAAACGAACAGAAAAUAUCAGUAAAUAUCAAAGAAAGUUCAGAAAAUACCAUACCGAAUACCGAAAACCGAAACAAAAGAUACAUUUACAUAGUUUAAUUAGAAGAAACUAUAGCGCGCAUCAUUAUAUAACCGAAAAAACCGAAAGCCGACCGAACAGAACGCAACUCCCACAACAAAGACAGACAGACGGAAACGGAAAUGUUUUAAGCUCACAUACAAACACACUCCCCACACACCAACCCACACACACACACAGACACACUCGUAUAUAGCAUGUAAAGCAUAUAUAUAUAUAUAUAAAUAUAUGUAAUUAUCGAUCGAUCAUUCAGCAGAAGAGGGCAGCCAACAUUCGCAGCAUAAAUCAAUUAACUCCACUAAUAAUAGAGCAUACUCAACUCUCUCUCUACGAUAAUACGCCUAGUACUCAAGCGGAAAAUGCGAAAAUUCCCCAGGAAAAUCGGGCGGAACACUCACACGCUUUGCCACAUGAAUCAAGUGUAAACAUAACGAUAAUAAUAUAAUACCGCUAGCGAAUAAAGUCCCAAGCAUUGAGGGUUCGACAAUUCCCAUCCCC